CUGAGGUGUAAGAUGAGAGCAUUUGCACUGAGGCCUGGCGAGCUCGGGAAGAUUUGUGAAAGCAACUUUCAUUUUCCAAGCAGAGGAAAUGUCCACAUUUGCGAGCCCGACCAUCCCCUCCUCACAGUUGACCUCGGAUCAGCUCAUGGUGCUCGUUGCCUCCUUUUCUUCCCUGGUGUUCUUUUUCGUCGUCAUCGUGCUGCUUUCCAUUAUUUACCGCAAAGAUCCCCAGUGCUGCAAACACGGCUCCUAUCAGGACCCACACGCAGAUAUGGAUGCUCCCCCUCAGUACUACAGCAGCAGACAGACUCUGGUUGGAUCUUCUUGUUUGGAGCAGACUCACAUCCCUGAAGACGGCGUCGCUCAGCUGCCGGGUGAGCUGUUCUACGUGGGUCUGCCCUCCAGCUACGUCUUGCCCACCCUGGAGACCACCCUGCCGAGACUCCCCUCCUAUGAGAGCGUCCGAAAGAAGGACCGCCAGCGGCAGAUCCACAUGAUGAUCGCAGACCGUUUUGGCCUCAGUGGACCCAUUGUUACUGAGUCUCCUCCGUCGUAUGAGGAGAGUAUCCGCCAGUCUGUGGAGCUGCCGUGCGACGUCCUGUCAUCGGACCUGGAUGUUCCCCCUCCUCCGAGAGCUUACAUGAGCGUGAGCCCAGGUUACACCACAGACAGCACCGUUCUACCUCCUGUAUGAUGCCGACCAAGUCCUCAAGCUGGCAAAGGAAUGCAAAGGGAAGUUGUACCUCAGUUUCUGAAGGAGUUCAACAGAACUUUCUGAUCCGGAUACCUCAAACUGAGCCAAACACCCAACCCAAAGAGGAGCUGCAUCCCAUCUAAUCAGAGGCACAUAUGAAUACUUAAAAAAAAAACCCAGAGCAUGCAAAAACGAAGGUGGCUGGGACACCUUAACGAAGGAAACUGACCAAAAUAAACAAACACAGAACACAUUAAUGACAGUGGUGUGGGUGCGGCUCUGUUCAUAGGGGAUCGGUGGGGGUGAGGGUGUGCAGUGCGGUUAAAUUUUUUAUCAUAAAGCAUAAGGUGAAAACGGAUUGUCUGUUUUUAUUCAGAUAUCCUGUAAAGCAGAUAUUUGUAAAGCAAAUAUUUGUUUCAACCACCAGUGAGGGAGACAAAAGGUGCCAAACACAGAGUUAUUUUCACUUUUAAGAAAGAAAGUUGAUCUAAAUGCUCACAAAACUUUGCGUUCUCUGUAAAAGUGGGAGGAACAACUCAGAACAAGUGAACAACAAGGAGAUCAUUUUUUUAAAACUCUAUAAAACCCAACUUAAAAUCGUCCUCUAUAGUCACCAAUCAAAUAGUAUGUUUUACAGCAGAUAACAAAAGUAAAGAAAUGGAAAACACAAUAUGAGCAAAUACAUAACUUAAACACAAAAAUUUAAUUAUUAUAUUUCCCACUAUGCAACAAUAUCUGCUAUUAUUGUGUUCAUUUACCUCACUGUGCAUUCAUGGCUUGGUUUAAUCUUGAACUCGUCCAGUGCCGUAUUUAUUGAA